UGUCAGAACUCUCUGCCCCAUGAGUCCCUGCCCUUCAUCAACAGGGCAGGACCGGCUGGGGCAGUGGGGGGCAUUUCAGCCCCUGGAGGGCAGCUCAGUGGGAGGCCAGCGGUGGCUGCUGUGGUGGGGUUCGCAGGCACAAACAGCAGUGGAGCGGCCGUCGUUAGGUUUCAGAGUGAACGCUGUGGGGCGAAGGGAGCUGGCAGCGGCUGGCUCAGCUCCCGGCAGACUGGGGCCGGGGGAAGUCUGGGCUGGCAUGAUAAGGGCCCCGGCCCGUGACUCAGCUCCGGAGGUGCCAACCAUGACUGCUCCCCCCACCCGUCCCCCCAUCGGUUCCUACCCUGGAGUGAGACGUGGACCCUGGCGGGGAGACGCCUUGAACCGAUGGGCUCAGCCGUCUGGGUCCUGCUGGCCCUGCUGGCACCUGGCCCGCUGCGGGGUUCCCCCCCACGGCUGGAGGUGCGGGAGGCCGGGGGUCAGAUCCUGCUGCCCUGUGGGGCCCGGGGCCCCCGGCUGCGCUGGGUCUGGUCCCCCCGAUACCCCAAAUGCGCCGGUGACCCCGGAGACCAGCUCGAAAUCGCCCGUCUGCCCCCUGGGCCGGAGCCCCCCCUGGACCAGUUCAGGGGGCGCCUGGAUCCUCACCCCUCCAGUCUGGGGGCCCUGCUGCUCCGGGCCCUGGUCAUGAGCGACUCGGGGACCUUCACGUGCCACGGGGAGUCUGGGGCCGAGCCCCCCAUCCAGCUGGAGGUGACAGGAGGCUGUCGGAACAACCUCACCGUCUCCUCCAACUGGACGUCCCCCUCAGCCCUGACCCUUCACUGCCAGCGCUGCCCCCUGCUGGCUGGCUCGGCCUCCUUCCGCUGGUUCCUCAACUCCCAGUCCCUGGGCAACCGGGGCUGGGCUACCAAGAGCCAGCUGGGGGCUACUGUGAGGCUGGACCCAUCCCGGCGCGGGGCCUGGGGGCGCUGGGAAUGUCACCUCAUUGGUACCUCCUCUCGGGGCUUUGAGUUCUGCCUGGAGCCCCCCCUCGGGGCAGGAGGAGCAGGCCCCAGCUCUGAGUGGGGGAUCUGGGUUGUGGCAGCGGUUCUGGGUCUGAUCGGCGCAGGGCUGGGCGCUUGGCAUCUGUGGAGGUGGAGACGGAGACGGGGCAGGAACCGACGGAAUCAAAACAGAAAAGAGAACAAAACAGGAGCCCCCGGGCACCGUUUAUGCCCCUUGGAAGAGCCACGGCUUGGAGCCAAAUCGACCGAAAGACGCCUCGUGCCCCAGAGUCGGGAAAGAAAAGUCCCAGGCACCCUGCUUUAUGCUGAAGUCCAGCACCCCCUGGUGGCUCGAGCCCCAGCCCCUCCCCCACACGGUGCCACGGUCUAUGCCACUAUUGUCUGACCCCCACCCGCCCCGGCUCCACUUCCCCCUCCUCUCCACCCCCUUCAUGAGUUGCAUUCACACCCCUGGCUCCCAGGUGAUGGGAAAUUCAGCUGGAAGAUGCUAGAAAUCUCUGUUAAAAUCCCGUGGUGGGGAGUUCCGCAGGUUAAAAGAUUGUGGCAUUAAAAUCUGCCUUUGAACCCCUCGUGUCUGUGGUGUGUCACCUUUGUCCUCAAAACCCCACCCUUUGGGCCUGGCCCCAGGGGUGGGGUUCAGGCAGACUCGGCUCCCCUUCAGUUCCUGCCCCAAACAUCUGUGCAGAGCUGCCCCGCCCCAGAGUGAGCUGCACUGGCCAAGGGAUCCCUGUAUAACCAGCCCCCCACGCCCCACCCCAGAGGCGGCUACAUCUCCGCUCCAGCUGUGGGACAUCUGACCAGGAGGAGAGUUCAGGCCGAGCGCACCCACCUCCGUGGGCAGGAUUUGAACCCGCGACCCCCAGCUUUGCACCCUGCCUGUUAACAAUUAUCCUGUAGUACCAGGACAAACCACUAGGUGGGGAAAACUGAGCAAGUGGGUAAAGCCAGGAGCUAAUCGGGUGUCGGGAGCCAGGACUCCUGGGUUCUAUUUGCAGCAGAGGGUGGCUACUGAACAAGAGGCCGUGUGAUAUCCUGUGCUUUGCUGGCAGCAGCUUCCUCUUCGCUGUAGCCCUGUGAACAACGCCCCUGCCCAGAGGCAGACGCACCCUGUGCCCGGAGCCCCCUCUCCCUGCCCCACGGCUCCCACCCCUCCCCGGCUUCACCAUGCGCCCCCCUCUCCUGCCUCUGGCCCUCGCCCUCCUCAAAGCGGUGCCCCCGGGGGCUCAGCAAGGUAAGGAGCCGACCGGGCCGUGGGGCUGGGAACUCGCACUCGGUGGGUGGGGGCUCGGCCGGGGCAGCGGGGGGCUCAGCGGGGGGCGCUCUCCCCUGGCCCCAGUGUGCUCAAUAAGGAACCCAGGAAAAUCCCAGAGCCGGUGAGCCCAUUCCUGUCACCCUAAAAAUCUCCCCUUGCGGCUUCAGCUGGAUGCACCCUUCCCCUUCACUUCCUGUCCCAAACUUGUGUUCAGCUGUUACCCACCCCAGAGGUGGCUGCAUCUCCGUGCCAGGUGAGGGGUCCCCGUCACUCUUGUCCCCUUGUAGGCAGGAACCACUUGGCUCUGGAGUUUGCAGGCCCAGAGGUGACGAAAGAAGCCGGCUCGACUGUGAGUCUGUCCUGCAACCUGACAGGGCCGAGGCUGAUCUGGCGGUGGGUCCCGCGCUACCCAGUCUGCGCUGGUGUGAGCGGUGGGAUAAAGACAGUGACAGUGGCUGGGGCACACGACACUCCGGAGGGGAGGUUUAAGAAGCGGCUGCAUCUCCUAACCAGUCGGAGAACCCAAACCUCCGUCCUCCAACUGCGACCCCUCCACAUGAACGACUCGGGGGUCUUCUUCUGUGCCAGCCCCAGCCAGAACGCCCCGCCGAUCUCCGUGACCAUCACGCCCAGUAACAGCACUGCCAGGGGGCUGGGAGCCAGAACACCUGGGUUCUCUCCCCAGCUCUGGGAGGGGAGUGGGGGCUAGUGGUUAGAGCAGGGGAGCUUGGAGCCAGGACACCUGGGUUCUUGCCUAGCUCUGGAAGGAGGGGAGCAGCAAGCAGCCAGCAGGGUGCGGGUCGUUAACUGGAUCCAUCAAGUUUGGCUCUGCCCCCACAGGCUGCCUGGCUGGGGCGUCCAUCGCCGCGUCCCCAAGGAGCCGGUCGUGGAGGGAGUGUCUGUGUCCCUCUCUUGUACCCCCUGUGGGGCGCAGGGACCCACGUCACCCCCAGCAGGGGGCGCCACGUGGCAGCUCAAUGGGGAAACGCUACCAAACUUCACAGCCCCUCGGAUCCUGAGGUCCAAGGUGACGAUAGAGGGUUUCUCCAGCUCAUUGGAGGGUCUGUGGAGCUGCCACCUGCCUGGGGAUCCCCUCCAGUCUGGGAGCUACUGCCUGGAGUGUGACCCAAGGGCGCACGGGACCCAGCAGAGCACCAGCCCCACCCCCACCAGUCCAGGCUCCGGGAUGACGGUGCUGGCCGUGCGCUGUGACCUCGCCUUCCUCGUCCUCAGCGCCACCCUCGGGGCCGUCGGCUUCGUGCACUGGAAAACCCGGGCCCGGGCGGCCAGCAGGUACUCGCCCCUUUAACGCCAGCGCCCCAUGGUGGGAUCCCCCUGCCCUGCUCCCUGGGGCACAGAGCCAACCCUGACUGCCUGGGCACAGCGCCCCCUGCUGCCCCCGUCCCGCUCCCUGCAGCCCAGCGCCCCCUAGUGCCACCAUUUCUCUGCCGUGUAACUCACUUGAUGGCCGUAUCCUCCUUCCCUGUCCUUGGCUCCCUUUACGCUCCCAUUGAGAAGGAACGUUGUGCCAUUGUCCGGGCUGUCAAGCAGCUUAAACCCUAUUUGUACAACAAGAAAUUCACCGUGGUGAGCGAUCAUGGCCCCGCUGCACAAGGCCAAGGGGACCAACUCCAGGCUGCUGGUAUGAAAUGGACACAAUCCACAUAACGGGGGAGGAGAGUAUUGUAGCUGAUGCGUUGUCCCAGAUGGGGAGUCCUUGGGACGCACUUAGCGAUGUUUGUGCCACCCCUUCCUGCACCAAUUGUGCGUUGGGGGUGUGACGUUCUGAGUGUGGUAUAAUAUCUCAUUGGAAGGUGACAGGGCCAGAACGAGUUAAUUAACUCACAGGCUGACCUGACCCAGGGCCGAACUUUAGCGACUGGUUAGGAAGAUCUGUAAAUGAAUAGAGCUUUGAAAUGCAGCCGGCAUUGUUAGAGAUCUCAAGGGGAGAUGUUUGCUCAGGGCUUGUGAUGUCAGCAAACAAGUCUUGUCUAUUGCUAGAGCUUUAAUUCAAAGAUCAAAAAGGGAAUAUUAACAUUUAGGAAGAUACUUGAGUGAAGUAGUAUUAUUGUCUCUAGGUCUCUUCGAA